AUGGCUUGUGUUUUAACCUCCGCGGGAGGCAUUAUUUCGCUCCUCGACGAGAAGGAGCCAGAACUUCAGAUCUACGCCCUCGAGCGGCUAAACGACGACAGCUUGAUCCGUCAAUUUUGGGCUGAAAUCGCUGAUUCCCUUGAGCCCAUCGAAAUCCUCUACGAAGAUGAGAGCUUUGCUGCGCGAAAACUAGCUGCUCUUGUUGCUUCGAAGGUCUACUUCAACCUUGGAAGCUACAGUGACAGUUUGAACUUUGCCCUCGCCGCCGAUGAAAUGUUCGAUGUUACCGAGCGAUCUGAAUAUGUCCAGGUUAUCAUUUCUAGCGCCAUCGAAACUUACAAAGAGCAGCGUAAAAACGGAGAAAUCCCAGAAAAACGACUUGAAAGCAUGGUCAACCGAAUGUUCACAAAAUGCCUCGACUCCAAGACUCUUCGACAGGUGAUCGGUAUCGCCAUCGAGUGCCGACGAUUCGAUGUUGUGGAGACCGCCAUCGCUCAGAGUCCAAAUACAAAUGACACUUUGGCUUACUGCAUGCAUAUCGCCAAAAACCUUGUCACUUCGCGAGAACUCCGAAAAGAAAUCCUCCGUCUUUUGGUCGCUCAGUAUACCAAGCUCGCAACUCCAGACUACAUCGCCAUCUGUCAGUGCCUCGUUUUCCUCGACGACCCCUCCAUGGUCUCUGAUACUCUUCGUAGCCUUUUGGCUAAAGAUGCUCUCAUGGCAUAUCAAAUCGGCUUCGAGCUCUACCAGAACGCUCCUCAAGGAUUUUUGAACAAAGUCGCUGAAUUCCUCCGCGGCGUUGCCCCAGCAGCUGCUCCUGCUGAUGCAUCCGAAGAAGCUGCUGAAGGCGAGGCUGCUGCAGCACCAGCUUCAGCUGAAAAAUCAUCCUCCGACAAGCUCGUCGAAAUCCUCAAAGGCGACAAGACCACUCAACUAAAUCUUCAAUUCCUCAUUCGAAAUAACAAAUCCGACCUCCUCAUCCUCAAGCAUUGUAAAGACUCCUGUAGAAAUACAAUUUGCCACACGGCCACGGUUAUCGCGAAUUCCUUCAUGCACUCUGGAACGACGACGGACAAAUUCCUCCGAGACAAUCUUGAAUGGCUCGGUCGAGCAACAAACUGGGCCAAAUUUACGGCAACAAGUUCACUUGGUGUCAUCCACAAGGGACACGAACAAGGCGCCCUCGAUCGAAUGGCCACUUAUCUUCCAAAAGAGUCGAACUCUUCUCCGUACCAAGACGGAGGUGGGCUUUAUGCUCUUGGCUUGAUUCAUGCAAACCAUGGAUCUGAAGAGAUGAUCAAGUACCUCGUCGAUCAGCUCAAGAACGCCCGGGACAACACUGUUCGGCAUGGUGCUUGCCUUGGUCUCGGUCUAGCUGCGAUGGGAACUGAGAACCGGGAAGUCUACGAGCUUCUUAACUCUCAGCUCACCCAAGAUGACGCUGUUGUCGGUGAAGCGGCUGGUAUCGCCAUGGGCCUUGUAAUGAUGGGCACAAAUCAUCAGGAAGCCAUCAACGAGAUGUGCCAGUACGCAGCUGAUACUCAGCACGAAAAGAUCAUUCGAGGUCUUGCUGUUGGCGUCGCCAUGAUUGUUUUCAACCGACUUGAGGAAGCCGAUAGCUUGAUUGAGAAUCUUAUGGCUGACAAGGACGCAGCUAUCCGACGAUGUGGAAUUUAUUGCAUCGCCAUGGCCUACGCUGGUUCUGGACUCAACGAGGCUUUGAGAAAACUUCUUCACGUCGCUGUUUCUGAUGUCUCCGACGAUGUCCGACGAGCAGCUGUUGAGAGCAUUGGUUUCGUUAUGUUCCGAAAUCAAGAUCAAGUCCCCUCGAUUGUCUCCCUCCUUUCCGAAUCAUACAACCCAUCAGUUCGAUACGGCUCUGCAAUGGCACUUGGAAUUGCCUGCGCUGGCACUGGAAACAAAGAUGCUCUUGCUCUUCUUGAGCCACUGACAGACGAUUCCGUCGCUUUUGUCCGCCAGGGAGCAUUUGUUGCGGAAUCCAUGAUUCUCAUUCAGCAAACCGAGGUCAUGCAGCCAAAGGUCUCAACUUUCCGAGAAAAGUUGAGGAAAACUAUUGAGGAUAAACAUGAAGACGCUAUCACAAAGUUUGGUGCUAUCAUCGGAACUGGAAUUAUCGAUGCUGGUGGACGAAACACUGUCAUCGGUCUUUCAACUAGAUCCGGCCACGUUCAUGCUCCAUCCGUCGUCGGAAUGCUCGUCUUCUUGCAGUUCUGGUUCUGGUACCCCUUGACUCACUUCUUGUCCCUUGCUUUCCGGCCAAGCUCUAUCAUCUGCUUGAACAAGAACUUGGACAUGCCCAAGAUCGACAUUAGAUCUGAUGCUAAGCCGGCUACUUUUGCCUACCCCGAUCCACUUGAGGAGAAGAAGAGCAAGGAAAAGGAGAAGGUCGAGACUGCUGUCUUGUCUACUACCGCCAAACAACUUGCCCGACAAAAGAACCGAAAAAUCAAGCGGGAAGCGAGCGAAAUGGAGGUCGAUGCGUCCGACGCAACUCCUAAGAACUCCGCCACUUCCAUCGCCUCCACUGCUAGCUCGACUGCUGUCAAGAUCAAAGAGGAGCCAAUGGACGUCGACGAGGAAAAAGAAGCGAAGAAGAACGCCAAAUUCGAAAUCCUUCAAAACCCUUGCCGAGCUCUCAACCAGCAGCUCAAGGUUCUUUCUUUGCCAGCUGACCAGACUCGAUACAGCCCACUCAAGCCACUUACGUCUGGUGGAAUUAUUUUGCUGCGAGAUGCUAACCCCGAGGAUCCCGAGGAUCUCUUGGAAGCUGUUACCGCUGGCGGACCAAAGCCAGAGGUCGAGGAGCCCGAACCAGAACCACCAGCACCAUUUGAAUACAUCGAGUAG